AUGCCGGAGGACGACGCCCCCACGCCGGUCCUGCCUUCGAACCGCCUGGCACGAGAGAAGAUGAAGGAGUUCUCGGGCACCGGCACCAUUGGCAUGGAUCCUCUGCCAGAGCUCCGCAAAGUCUGGGCGUCGAAGACCUCCUCGGAGCUUUACGAGGAUGUUCUUCAAGGCCUCCGGGCGAUCCCAAAUACGACAUGGAGGACGGGGGCGGUGAAGAUCCUCCGCUCGCCGGAGGCAUCCUACUGCCUGGUGAUGCAGCUCGGCCUCACCUGCAAGGGCCACCAGGAGCCAAUGCUUGCCGUCAAGACGUGGACACAUGCUUGGCUGACGAGCCUGAUCUUGGCCUACUUGAACUCGCUUGCUGCAGAGGCUGGUUUCCAGACACCAUUGUCUGGCACCUCCCUUCGGGUGACCAAGAACCACGAGGCACAUUGGCAUCAGCACGACGACAACACAGGUCUGCAAUACAUGACAACACUGGGCGACUUUGCCGGAGGCGAGACAUUCAUUGUGGAAGAGGAAGGCCAAGAAGUGAUGGAGCUGAAGCAGGCCGUCGAGGGUCUCGGAUUGGCGGGCCAGAAGAUUCGAGGCCAGCGAAAAGAUGCCAGACGGCGAAUCAUCACCUUCCACGGCCGCAAGCUCCACUGCACGUGUCCAUUCUUGGACACGGACGAGCGCUACGCCAUCACUCUGUUCAGCUGCUCCAACAAGGGCCUGGAGAGAACCUCCACCCUGACACUCGCCCUCUUGAACGAGCUCGGCUUCGUGAGUUCCGAGCCGGCUGGCCAGCGCCCUGCUCUCCGCCCGCAGCUCCAAAAAGCCGUGGCCAAAGCGGCGAGCGGAUUCAAGGUCAACGGCGGUGAAAACUACAGAGCUCGAGAAUGUUGA